CAGAAAUGGUAUUUUCAAAAGGCGAUUCCGUCCAAAAUCCACUCUAUCCAUAAGGGCAUGAGUCUCACAUAAACUUUAACCUUUCAACGAUUUCAUCAUUAUGUAUAUAUACAAUUUUCUUGAUAUAAUCGAGUUUCAUUUCUUAACUCCGUAUAUGACUAUACUGCUACUUUAAAUUUUCUUGGAGGGAAUUAUUUCUUUGAUCCAUGUCGUUUUGGUGGUUGCUGUCCACAAUCUUCAUAGUCAUGCUUUAUCGAAGAACAUGCAUGGCUAAAAAUUUCUCAGCAAUUUUUGUUUUUGGUGAUUCCUUGGUGGAUGUGGGAAACAACAACUACAUACCAUCUUUGGCCAAGGCUGAUCAUGACCCCAUAGGCGUAGAUUUUGGGAAGGCAACAGGACGAUUUACGAAUGGAAGAACUGUUACCGACAUUUUAGGACAAGUAUUGGGAUUUAAAAAUUUUCCUCCACCAUACCUGGCUCCUACCACCGUUGGACCGGUAGUUCUACAAGGCGUCAAUUAUGCUUCUGGUGCUAGUGGAAUCCUUGACGAAUCAGGAGCAAACUAUAUUGGGAGAAUCCCAAUGGAUGCACAGCUGGACAACUUUGCGAAGACCAGGCUCGACAUAAUCUCAAGCAUAGGUGCUCCUGCAUCACUUAAGCUGUUCGCUACUGCUCUCUUCCAAGUAACAACUAGUUCAAACGAUUUUAUCAAUAACUACUUCCUACCAAGUCUGAUCAAGAAUCAACCACCACCUGAAACUUUCGUUGAAACCCUGAUUUCAGCAUUUAGAAGGCAACUCACGAAACUUUAUGAUCUUGGUGCUCGAAAGAUUAUCGUUACAAAUGCUCCUCCUGUUGGAUGCAUCCCAUAUGAAAGGGAUUAUAAUCCUUCAACUGGAAAAGAGUGUGUAGCCUCUCAAAAUCUCGUAGCACAACAAUUCAAUCAGCUGUUGAAAGGGAUGCUCAUAGAACUUACAGCCACACUCAAAGGAUCGACAUUUGUUUAUGCAGAUGUGUAUGGUAUCGUCGACGAUAUCAUCCAAAACUAUAAAUCAUACGAUUUUGAAAUCGCAGAUAGUGCAUGUUGCCACGUGCUGGGCUCACAUGGUGGUUUACUUCCAUGUUUGCCAUACGCUAAGAUUUGUCCAGAUAGAUCAAAGUACAUUUUCUGGGACUCUUAUCAUGUUACUGACAGUGUGAAUGUCAUCAUAGCAAAACGUCUAUUAGAUGGAGAUUUAAAUGAUAUUUCGCCACUUAACAUACGAGCGCUUUCACAUUCUUGAAACACAAAUCGAUCGAGUUUCACGUGGUUGUGUCAAUAAGAAGAAUGUGACAAGGGACUCGUCCACAAGAACGCAAUCAUGUAAUGCAAUCAUGGUCAUAAUGUCAUAUAAAUUAUCAUUAAUUUGAACAUUGUACGAUGAUCACUUACUUUAUGAAGAUCAUUUUACUAGCA